AUGGCGAUCACCGACUCCGACUACGACGGCGCAGCUAUCCAGUCCCUCGGUUCUCUCUUCAGUGUUACUCAAGUCUUUCUCUGGGACGAUGGCUUCCAGGUUCCACCUUCGUCUGAAGAUCAUCAUAGCAUUCACGAAUCAAAUCCCAUUCCUGAACGGAGUAACGUUAUUAUAGUACCUGAAGAUUUGGAACUGAACAAACAAAUGAAUGAAUUGGGUCUCCCUCUCUCCUUUGAGACAAACAAGAAAUGUGGACCGGUAAAAAGCAAAAAGAAGCGUGUACGGUCCAAGCACCCACGUACUUGUAACGAUCCUGUUGAUGAAGAUCUAAAUGAAGUGAACACAGAGGAGGUUAUAUCUCCUGCUAAAUUUCAUGAUAAAAAUAACAGUUCUGUAUCUUGUAUAUCAAUGCUGGGCCAAAGUGAAACAUCCUACUGUGAUGGUGCAGUGGAGGUUGACAUGGCCCAAUGUGUCUCUGGUGAAGGAGAUAAUGCAUCAUGCUGUGCUGGGUUUGCUAAUGGCAUUUCUAGGGAGGGAAAUAAUAGUAUAAAAGUUGCAGAAAAUAAUGAUGUCCAUAAUAGUGACCUUGAUUUGAAAAUUGCAUGUGCCUUGGAUACAGGAGUCUCUGCUGGAAGCCAUUUGACAGAUUGUGAGACUGUUUUCAAUGAUGAUGCUGCUGCCACACGGCAGUCACAAGCUAAUGAAUCAGAACCACUUCCCAUGAGUUUGGAAGAGAAUGGAUGUGACCGAAUUGAUGGGUCAAAUGAUUGUGGUGAACUUGGAGAUUGGAUGGUGUUAUGGGAUACUUUCUAUAAGCAAAGAUACUUCUAUAAUGUCAAAACAGAUAUUUCUACAUGGGACCCACCCCCAGGGAUGGAGCAUCUAGUAUAUGGCGGGUGUACUGAAUUAGAUGAUAGGGAAGCUUUAAAGUCAGCAGAGGAAUGUGAAACACAAAACAGCAUUAAUCCACCUGAAGAAACCUUGGUGGAAGAGAACUUAUCAGGAAUGCAACAUGAAGACUGUUCAGCUGAGAUUGGAGUUGCUGCUGGAAAUUUGGUCUCUGGCAUUGCUAACAAUAAUGAAGACCAGUGUCUUCAUCAUUCGGAUGAGAAUCUUGAGAGAAGUAGUUGCAACGACGGAGUUUCUUGCUGCUCAAUAUCAAAUACCCUAGAUUAUGUCAUUAGCUCUAAUGAUCGAUGCAGUCAAGCAACAUCAGAGGUUGAUCAUACACCAAUGGAAAACAUGGUAAUUGAUACACCUGGAUUGGAUAGUAAAUCUGAUCCUUUCAUGUCAAAACAGAAAAAGAAAGUGAAAAGAAAACCCAGGCGGAAGAAAUUCGAUUCUGAAACUGAAGAUCUCCAACUUCAAAAAAUGCCCGAAGCUUAUUCUGAAAUCAUUGCCAAAUAUUGGUGUCAGAGGUAUAUUUUAUUCACUAGAUUUGAUGAUGGUGUAAAAAUGGACGAGGAAGGAUGGUUUUCUGUCACUCCAGAGGUUAUUGCUCAUUAUCAAGCAUCCCGUUGUGCAGGCGGCACAGUAAUCGACUGUUUCACCGGCGUUGGUGGGAAUGCUAUCCAAUUUGCACAACGGUGCAGAAAUGUGAUUGCAAUCGAUAUUGAUCCAUUGAAGAUUGAUUAUGCUAGGCAUAAUGCUUCUAUUUAUAGGGUGGAUGAUCAAAUUGACUUCAUAGUGGGUGACUUCUUCCUCUUGGCACCAAAGUUAAAGGCUGACACCGUUUUCCUAUCUCCACCUUGGGGUGGACCUGAUUAUGCUAAGGUUUCGACCUACGAUAUGAAGACAAUGCUUAGACCGCGUGAUGGAUAUACCUUGUUCAAUGCUGCUAAGGAAAUUGCUUCCAGAAUUGUCAUGUUCCUUCCUAAAAAUGUUGAUUUCAACCAAUUGGCAGAGUUAUCUCUAUCUGCCUCUCCGCCAUGGUCGCUAGAGGUGGAGAAAGUUCAUUUAAAUGGAAAAUUGAAAGCAGUCACAGCUUAUUUCUGUCGUACACCAGUUGGAGGAUGCUGA